CGAGCACGAUGGCGGCAAUGCGAGCUCGAAUGCGCAAGGAGAUGGAGAUGCUAGAGAAUGACCCACCGCAUGGAAUCUGUGCGUGGCCCAAGGACAAUAAGCUGGAUGAGCUUGAAGCUCAGAUUCAAGGACCCGAGGGAACUCCGUAUGAGAAAGGCAUAUUCUUAUUGAGUAUAUUGAUUCCUGAACGGUACCCCUUUGAGCCUCCGAAGGUCCAGUUCACCACGCCAAUCUUCCAUCCAAACAUUGACAACGCUGGACGAAUAUGCUUAGACACGCUGAAGAUGCAACCAAAGGGGUCAUGGAUGCCUUCCGUGAACCUUUCAACACUCCUCACAACAAUCCGUCUGCUCAUGGCUGAGCCGAACCCAGACGAUGGCCUCAUGCCUGAAAUUACGGAUCUCUACAAGCAAAACCACGCAUUGUUCGUGUCGAAAGCUACUGCCAUGACAGCACAGCACGCGACAACUUCGUCGACAAGGCAAGCUGCUGUACACAACGACAAUGAGACGAAGGCAGCAGCUCCUGCAUCGUCAAUGCAGGCAGGGUCAGCGAGCAGUCAGAGCGAAUUCAGCAGCAGCGAGAGCAGCCAGGAUGAAGUGAGCGACGACGAGCUUGGUAGCGGGGCCGAGGACGACGAACGGCCUGCAAAGAGAGGUCGCUUGCUUUAGGUUUCGACCAGUUUGUUUGCCUGUGUCAAGGUCAGUUCUUUUUAAUACCAUCAAUGGAGUCUAAAAUGUCGAAAAUCCAAUCGAAUUUU